CGAUCCUUGCAGCCGCAGGGAGUGUGUCAAAUUACAGAGCCGCCGGAAUCGGCCCCAGCGCUCCUCGGCGGCGGCCGCGACCCACCUCUGCCAGUGGGGCCCUCCGUGCGCGCCCCUGCGCCCGGGGACCGAAGCUGGCUGGCCCGCAGGACGCUAGACACACGGCGGCACCGACUGCGCGGCACCAACGCGGGGAUCCGCACGCGCUGGAAGGGAAAGGCGCGCGGAGAGCGGGUCAGAUGCCCCCAACUUUCCUGGACUUGCAACGUUCUUCGAAAUAACUUUUUGCUCACUUUGCUGUACUGAUUUCCGCCGGUCGUGACUUUUGGCUUUCCCCCUCCUACUGCUAAUUUUUCCGAUCCUCUACACGGAGCAAAGGGAAGGAACGUUUGCCAGCACCACGAGUCCUUUCCCCCGACUCCGCAGUUUGGGUCGCGCCUUUUGGCAGCGGCUUUGGCUUUUAUUUAUUCUAUUUAUUUAUUUAUUGGUUCUCAAGACCCGAGGGGAUGGUGGCGGAGCGCGCCCGCAAAGCUGAAGCCGCUGGCGCCCCCAACCCCGAGCAGCUAGGUGCGCCCAGGACGGUGGCGCAAGCGGAGCACUGCGCGCGACUGCCGAGCCCAGGGUCGUGCGGGCUGCUGGCGCUGGCGCUGUGCUCGCUGGCGCUCAGUCUGCUCGUUCACUUUCGGACGGCCGAGCUACAGGCCCGGGUGGUGCGCCUGGAAGCGGAGCGCGGGGAGCAGCAAAUGGAGACGGCUAUUUUGGGACGAGUCAACCAACUGCUGGACGAGAAAUGGCAGCUCCACUCUCGGAGGCGACGGGAGGCCCCAAAGAUGUCUCCAGGAUGUAACUGCCCACCAGGACCUCCUGGCCCCAAUGGAAGACCUGGGCUCCCUGGGGACAAAGGUGCCAUUGGGAUGCCUGGACGUGUGGGAGUGAAGGGCCCACCCGGCGAAAAGGACAGAUCGCCAUUCACCAGCCUCAGCGGCGCCCCUGGAGACGCUGGGAUGUCCAUCGUUGGUCCCCGAGGACCCCCUGGUCAGCCGGGUACUCGGGGCUUUCCUGGAUUUCCGGGUCCCAUCGGGCUGGAUGGCAAACCGGGCCACCCCGGACCCAAAGGGGAGAUGGGCCUGAUGGGUCCCCGAGGACAUCCGGGACCUCAAGGACAAAAAGGAGAAAAGGGCCAGUGCGGCGAGUACCCACACCGGCUGCUGCCUCUCCUCAAUUCAGUGCGGUUGGCUCCACCCCCAGUCAUAAAAAGGCGGACUUUCCAGGGUGAGCAGGGCCAGGCUGGCAUCCAAGGCCCACCAGGGCCACCAGGCCCUCCUGGACCAAGUGGACCUCUGGGGCAUCCAGGACUGCCAGGGCCCAUGGGUCCACCUGGCUUACCUGGGCCUCCAGGACCAAAGGGAGACCCUGGGAUCCAGGGCUUCCAUGGCCGGAAGGGAGAGCGGGGCAUGCCAGGGAUGCCGGGCAAGAGUGGAGCCAAGGGGGCUCCUGGGACCGCCGUGGCUGGAAUGAAGGGUGAGAAAGGGGCUGCCGGCUCCCCUGGAGUCCCUGGCCUCCUGGGACAGAAGGGAGAGAAGGGUGACGCCGGCAACUCCAUCGGAGGAGGCAGGGGGGAGCCAGGCCCCCCAGGGCUCCCUGGGCCCCCGGGGCCAAAGGGAGAAGCAGGUAUUGAUGGCCACGCUGGCCCCCCAGGACGGCAAGGAGACAAGGGGCAGCCUGGAGCAGCUGGAGAACAGGGACCAGCUGGCCCCAAGGGCUCCAAGGGAGAACCCGGGAAAGGAGAAAUGGUGGAUUACAAUGGAAACAUCAAUGAAGCUCUCCAGGAAAUCCGGACCCUGGCCUUGAUGGGGCCUCCUGGUCUUCCCGGGCAAACCGGCCCACCCGGAGCUCCAGGGAGUCCAGGCCAGAAGGGGGAGAUUGGACUACCGGGCCCUCCAGGACACGAUGGGGAAAAGGGACCUCGUGGAAAACCAGGAGACAUAGGACCCCCUGGUCCCCAAGGGCCCCCAGGAAAGAAUGGGCCUCCAGGAAUGAAAGGCGAGGUUGGCUACCCAGGGAGCCCUGGACAGAAAGGGGAGCCCGGACAAGCAGGCUCACCGGGUCUAGACGGCCCAACUGGGGAGAAAGGAGAACCAGGUGACCAGGGGAAGCCCGGAGCAACAGGAUUGCCUGGCCCCAUCGGGCUCCCAGGAUUUACAGGAGAAAAAGGAGAAGCCGGGGAAAAGGGUAACCCGGGAGCAGAGGUUCCUGGGCCACCAGGGCCAGAGGGGCCUCCUGGACCUCCGGGGCUCCAAGGUCUGCCUGGACCAAAGGGGGAAGCAGGACUAGAUGGAGAGAAAGGAGAGAAGGGUGUCCAGGGAGAAAAAGGAGACCGAGGGCCUCUGGGAUUACCCGGAGCGUCAGGUUUGGACGGCAGGCCGGGGCCACCGGGUACCCCAGGACCAAUUGGCAUUCCAGGCCCCGCAGGACCAAAGGGCGAGAGGGGCAGCAAAGGAGAUCCAGGGAUGACAGGACCAACGGGAGCAGCUGGGCUUCCUGGUUUACACGGACCACCCGGUGAUAAAGGAAACCGGGGGGAGAGGGGGAAGAAAGGCUCUAGAGGGCCUAAAGGGGAUAAGGGAGACCAAGGAGCACCUGGAUUAGAUGCCCCCUGCCCGUUGGGUCAAGACGGCCUGCCAGUCCAGGGCUGCUGGAACAAGUGACACCUCUAACCUCGGACUGGCCUGUGUGUGUGUUUAUACAUAGAAUAUUUAUUUUUAUACAGUUUUCACUUUUUGAAAAUGCCAGAAGUAUGAUGCAUCUUACAGAUUAUUAAAAGAGGAAAACUUGCAUAUUUUGUACAGAAAAUAACACCUCUCCUUUUGUUUACAAGAUUUUUGUGUAAGUCUAUGUCUCUAAUACACUUCCUGUUUGUGAGUACAGUCCCAAUGUUUGCAUGAUAUUCGUGCAUACUUAUUUACAUAGAGAAGUUUAAUAAAUUAUUGUGUUCCAGUGCCAAAGAGGGUGACCAGCACCCAAGUGCCGCUGGCUGGUGGGAGUCUCCCCAUAAACACAGAGGUCGGGAUGGUUACCAGACUAGGUGUACCUAAGAAUAUUUAUUAACAAUUCUGGAUUUUCAUUAUUAAAAA